AAGCAAAUUAUUUCAGUCAUGCACCUCUCUCUUCUGAACAGCCAACAACACAGAGAAAUAUUAUGCUACUGAAAAUGCCAAAUGGAAAAAAUACAAAUUAAGCCCUUAACAAGACACUUUGACUGGUUUUGAUUUGCAGAAGCGCUCAAACAAAUGGAAUGGGGAUUAUCACAGAAUUCAAGAUCUAACUAAUUCCAAACACUGCAAAGAAGAAACAGAAGACAUAACUUCCUGAUAUAUUAAAAAAAUCCUUAGUUAUCAAAGUCUAAAUAUCAUCUGGCUUACACAGUCUCCUAUACAUUCUGGCACGUAGGCUGUUUAACUCUUGAUUGCUUUGGAUGAAGAGUGCAAAACACUUAUGUUGUUCACCAGGACUGUGAGUAAAGGCAGAGAGGUCAGCAAUAGCAACAAUAACAUUAUUGGAGAAAAAAGCCACCAGUGUAAUCAAAUGGGUGAUGUUUUUGUAAACGUCGACAUUACCAGAGAUCCAUGGAAGAAGGAAUACUGUGUUGUUAAGCGUGAACAUGAAUUUAACUGAGCAUGGCUUAACCCCCGUUUGGAAGCACUGACACUUUUGAGGUAGGUACAGAAAGGGAACAGUGAGGGGGGAGUGGGUUUGAACCCUGGCAGCUGUCUCUGGGUAACUGAUGGGAUGCUCCUCCGGGACCAGCCGCGUCUCCAGCCAGCCUGUGUUAGUGCAGGCAGCGGAGGAAGGAGCCUUUCAGCGCGGCCGAAGCUCCCGGGAGCAGCGCAGCCCCUCCGCCCGCGGGGCGCUGGGGGCACAGGCGCUGCUCAGCGAUGGGGCUGGGGCACAAAUCCUACAAGCGGCUGAGGAAGCGGCGGGGCUCAGCCUGGAGGAGGCUCAAGAGGGGCUUCAUCGCUCUCUACAGGUCCCUGAAAGGAGGGUUUAGCCAGGUGGGAGUCGGGCUCUUCUCCCGCGUAGCCAGCGACAGGACAACAGCACGCGCCAGAAGCGGUUCAGGUCGAACAUUAGGAGGAGUUUCUUCACAGAAAGGGGGAUUGGAAUGGGCUGCCCAGGGAGGGGACGGAGGCACACCGUCCCUGAGGGUGUUCAGGAAAGACCGGAAGUGGCACUCAGUGCCAUGGUCUAGUUGACCUAGUAGUAGUGUUCGGCCACAGACUGGCCUCAAUGAUCUUAGAGGCCUUUUCCAUCUUUGCUGACUCUGUGAUUCUGUGAGUUUUGAACGCCGUCCCGUGUUCCCGGUGAGUUCCGGGGCCGCCUUUCCCCCACGCCGCCCUCAGCGGUGCCGGGCGCGGGAAAGGGUGGGGCGGUGGUCGAGGUCUCGCGAGACGAGACGGGAGUUCCGCGGCGCGCGCUCAACAUCGGCCGCGGGACGAUUCGAAAAGUGGCGGGUGAGCGACGGACUGGGAGCGGGGCUGGGGUGUCCCGGGCUGUCCCCGGGUGUCCCUUUCGAGCGGCUCCCGGGGUCGGUGUCUCCUCUGGCGGUGCUGCUGUGCGCCGCGGGCUCUUCUCCUACGCGCGAGUCUGCCGGCUUCGUUCCGCUCCGCUGAGGCGGCGCCGCGGUGCUGUGAGUGCAUCCUGCGGAUCCAGGAGGGCUCGGCCGCUCUCAGGGAGCCCGAAGGGAAAACAAUUCCACGAUGAAACACGAAGCAUUUUUGCAAGUUGUGUCUAAAGAGUCAAUUGAAGACUUCCUGCAUUACACUCAGAAUGCUAAAAAUACAUUUGAUCAUUUUGACUUGAAUGAGCUGCUUCAAGAAUUGCCAAGGAAGCAAAAAGAAGUGCUAUGGCAGAGACUGACACAGCUAUUGCGAGAGAGCUUGAUGGAGAACCCUGUGGAAACAUGGCACAGGACUGGAGAUGAUAAAUGUGAUGGUGACAUGGAACUUGAGAUAGCUCCAGAAAUGAAACAAAGUGUAGCAGUGAUCCAAGGAGUGGCAGCUGUUGUUACUGCUUCCAUACCUGCAGUGGAUGAAAAUGUAAACUACAAAGCUCUUGUAGAAUGCGCUUUUAUACUAAAUCGUAUUCUUCCUGCAUUACCUGCAUCUGAAAAAAUCCUACAGGAUGCUAUCCAACGUAUUUGUGAAAUGUGGUGGGAGAAGGGGCUGGAAAGGAAGGAGCAGCUGGGGAAGCCUCUGUUUGUCAUUCUGAUGAGAAAAAGCCUGAAUAAAGCUGCUACGGGUGCAGAUAUAGUUCGUGUAUGGAAUCUACAUCAGACAUUACUUUGUUUUGAUUAUGAUUCAGAGGAGAGUAAUGAAGUCAAAGACUUGUUACUUCAGUGUUUUAUGAGUGUAAAAUACAUUAACAAAGAAGAGGGAAGAAGAUUCCUGAGUUUUUUGUUCAGCUGGAAUGUAAACUUCAUUAAAAUGAUACAUGGAACUGUUAAAAACCAAUUACAGUUCUUUCCAAGAUCCUUGAUAGAAUACAUUUCAGAAGUUUACUUCAGGGCCUGGAAGAAGGUGUCAGGAGAAUUCAUAGAGGUACUUGAAUAUAACUGCAUUCAGGAUUUCAUGCAUCAUGGAAUUCAUCUUCCCAGAAGUUCUUCUGUUCAUUCUAAAGUUAGAGAGAUGCUGAGUUAUUUUCAUAAGCAAAGUAAAGUUCGUCAAGGAGUUGAAGAAAUGCUCUAUAGAUUGUAUCAACCCAUCCUCUGGAGAGCACUGAAGGCCCAAAACUCAGAAGUUCGAGCAAAUGCAGCAUUUUUGUUCAUUGAUGCUUUUCCUGUUCGUGAUCCCAGUUUUAAGGUUGAAGAGAUGGACAAUGAAAUUCAGAAACAGUUUGAAGAACUUUUUAGUCUCUUAGAAGAUCCUCAUCCAGUUGUCCGCUCUACAGGGAUACUUGGAGUUACUCAGAUAACAUCCAAAUACUGGGAGAUGAUUCCUCCGACAAUUCUUGCUGAUCUUUUAAAAAAGAUAACUGGAGAGCUGGCAUGUGAUAUAACAUCUGCUGAUGUUCGAUGCUGUGUUUUUAAAUGCCUACCAAUAAUUUUGGAGAACAAGCUAAGUCACCCACUGCUGGAACAUCUCCUGCCUGCAACCAAACACAGUCUUCAUGACAAUUCCGAGAAAGUGCGGGUGGCUUUUGUGGAUAUGCUGCUGAAAGUGAAGGCUACCAAGGCUGCUAAGUUCUGGAAUAUCUGUCCCAUGGAGCAUCUUCUGUCUCGCCUUGAAGCCGAUUCUCGGCCUGUGUCGCGGCGCAUCGUGAACCUCCUGAUGAACUCCUUCUUCCCCAUUAACCAGCCCGAGGAUGUGUGGUGUGAGCGCUGUGUCGCUCUGAUCCAGAUGAAUCCAGCAGCAGCCAGGAAGUUCUAUCAAUACGCUUAUGAAUUUACUGCCCCCACCAAUAUAGCUAAAUUGAUGCUCACUAUUCGGCGCUGCUUGAAUGCCUGCAUCCAGAAAGCAAGGAAGGAGAGUCUUCAUGAUAGUGGGAAUGAUGAUGAUGAUGAAGAUGGAAGUGAAAAGGAGAACAAAAGUGUGUUGGAUAAUGUGCUGUCAGUAAAUGAUGUGGCCAGCAUGGCAAGUUUGUUGGAGAUCACUGUAAUACUCUGGAGAAGUAUCUACAGAGCACUAGAUCACAAUGAAGAUGCCAAAGAUUAUGCUAUCAGGAAGUUUGCUUCUGUACUUCCUGAAUAUUUUAAAGUAUUUCAGGAUGAGCGGUGCAUGACUCCAUUGGUUAUUCUGGCAUCCUUUAUGCCCCCUGCUGCUAUUCCUACGUUCAGUUGUGGUGUGAUUUCCAAACUCAGAAAUAUCGACAGUGGAGCUGACAAAAGCAAAUAUUGUAUCCUGAUCGACUGCCUGUGUCGCUGGGGUCAAGUGGGGCACGUUAUGGAAUUAGCCUGUGAUUGGCUGUCUGACACACUCACCCCAACAAAGAAUACUAAAACAUGUGAACGUCGAGUACGUAUCCACGUAACACAUGAAUCAAAACCAGACUUAGCAGUUGAUUACAUUGAGUAUUUAUUGACUCAUCCUGUCAAUCGUGGUUGCCUCCUUUCUGUUCCUAAAAAGAAACUGAAGAAGCUUUUGAAAAUCCUCGGUGCUGCAAAGAGGGUUCUUGGAUCAGUUCUGAAAGGAGCAGAUUCUGGUGGCUGGAAUCAAGCAACUAGCCUAAGAGCUUUCAGCCUCUUUUGCAGGUUGAGUAUUCAUCUUCAGCACAAGUUUUCUGAAGAAGGAGAAGAUUACCUUUCACUUCUGAACGAGACAGGUGCUUGGAUAGAAAGUCAAGUUGUACCUUUUAUACUAGCAAGUGAUCAAGAGGAUGGUAUAUCAAUACACAGUAAUGUUUCUGAAUUAAUUAUCCAGGCCUACCUGACAGUAUGUAAAGAUGUCAUAAUGGUGGGCUUGGGAAAUCUCACAUUUCAAGCACACCUUUUAGAAAUGGCUCUUCUGAUUAUGCAAACAGAGAGAGGUGCCUUUUGUGCUCCAGUGUUACUGUGUGUUCUAAAAGAAAUUAUUGAAGCUUCUUUAACUCAGAAUACUGAGACAGAUGAAGUGACAAAUCUUUUCCACAGUCUACAGAAUGUCUUUCAGAAAAUUUUAGAAUGUGUGGCACAUAGACUCAAGAAACAACAGGAAGAAGGGAUUCAGUUGAUUCACUCUAUUCAGAUGUCUCUUGGAGAAUUCAUCCAUGCACUGCAGUGCUGGCAUUCCUCGUUCCCAACAGUUCACCAGGGUGUACUCUCCAUUCUCUUGGCUGCAAUAGUAGCAGAGAUAAAUUGUGUGCUACAGAAGGCUUCCAGUGAAAAAGACUUGACUAUACCAAAGACUAUUUCAGACCUUCCCCCUCUUUCAAGCAGUUUAAUGGCUGUAAUUAUGAAGUCAGUUAAUGUUGUCAGGUCAAUUUUAAAUGAAUUAAUGGAGUGCAUUCUCUCUGAAGAAAUUGAAGGGAUUUUUAGUCUAACAGCUACUGUCUGCAUUGUGAUUAUAAUUAAAGGUAAGCACAAAACUUUAAUUCUAAAGGAUAUUGCACCUGCCAUUCAAAGGAAACUGAUAACAUGCAAGGAUGCUGGCACAGGAGAAUCCAGCAGCACUGAAAGAUUCCUGUAUGAAUCAUCUCUGAAGAUUUUGGAUGAGUUUUUGAAUCCUUGACCACACAGAAGCUUUUGUUGUGAAAAUUGAAGGAAGAUGUCUUGCUUUUUAAAUAACUUAUCAACUUAUCUUUUAAACUUUGGAAUUGUUUAAGAUUGCUUUCUGUUACUCUGUACAUUUAAAGCAAGGGAAAUGUAUAAAAGUGUGUAUAGAAAUUAUGCAAUAGUAAAGAUUUUGUAACAGGUGCAAAGGGGUUAUUCUGUAUAAAAAUGUCUUCUUGGGGGGAGUGUAAAAGCAGUGUUUUUGUAUCUUUGUUUUUGUAAAACAAAUAAUUUUAUCAUAGAUAAUCUGAGGUCUCGUGUAACUUCAGUCUUUGGGAGGACCUAGAGCAUAUUCCCGGGGUUAUGGAAAUUAAUAUUGUUUUGAGACACGUGAGGAACAAAAUGGUGAUUGGGAAUAGCCAUCAUGGCUUUACCAGGGGCAAACUCUGCCUAACCAGCCUGAUUCCCCUCCCUUUUGUAGAAGAAGAGAGAGCAGAGUGUCCUGUUUCCUGUCCUUGGCAAAGACUUUUACACAGUCUUACACAGUAUCCUUACAGCCAGACUGGAGAGGGAUGGGAUGGAUGGGUAGACUUGGAAGGUGAGAGGGAAACUGGCUGGACCAUCAGACUGGAAGAAUAAUCUGCUAUAGGGUGAGGUUGCCAGCUGUGGCUGUGGCACUGCUGAGGGCAGGCCCUGUGGCCAGGGCUGGUUGGUGACAGGGUGAGCAGCAGCCUCAGACUGAUGGCAGAUGACACCACCUGGGAGCCACAGCUGACACCGAGGGGCAUCUCCUGAUGUUCAGCAAAGAGCUGCUCCCGAUGGACAAAUCCUGCACCCACACGGGCACCUGCAUGAGGGCGGCUUCUUGCUGCCUGCAGGAGGAUAAAGGAAAGACUUUCCCCAGAGAUGCACUUGGAGGAGAAUAUGAGGCUACAGAAACAACUUGAGCAAGAGAAUUUCUUGUUGGACAUGAAAACCAUUAUGAGAGUGAAUUGGAAGUGGAAAUGGAACUGGAACAGGUUGCUCAGAAAGGCUGUGGAAUACUCAUCCUUGGAGAUGAGCAGAACUUGGCUGACAAAGAGGGCUCUGACCAUCCGUCAUGUCACAGCUUUGGAGUUAGCCCUGCUGAGGACUGGACCAGAUUCUCCCCUGACCUUCCUCAUAAUUUGAAUAUUCAGGUGAUUUAGUACCCAGUACACUGGGGGGAAAUGCCUUAAACAUAUUUAUAUAUUUAUAUGAAUAUAUUUAUAUAUUACUCAACAUAGACUCAAGUAAUAUAUAAAUUGGUUUAUAUUUAGCUAUUUUAAAAAUUUAUAGCUAUUUUGGUAAGUUAAUACUAAUGAUGCAGAUAAUGCAGGCAUCUAAACCACUUAUUUAAUUUUCUUCGUGCAACCAGAUGCUCUCCUAGGAGUAAUAGAAUGCUGAUUGCACAAUGUUAUUUUGCCUUAAUGGAGAUACCUGUAGCUUACCUAUCUGAGCUCAUGGUGUGGUUCAAGCCCAGCCAGCAGCCAGGCUGCUCCCUCACUGCCUCCACCCCUCUGAUAUGGGGGAAGGACUGGAAGAGUAAAAGUCAAAAAGAAUCAGUUUAAUAAUUAAGAAAAAAUAAUAGUACUUUUUCAAAUUGUAAGGAAAAGAGGAAAAAAGAGGGAAAUAAAACCACCCAGCUAGUCCCUGAGUAGUGCCCUCCCCACAACCUCCCUUCCAGUUUAUUGCUGAGCAUGGUGCCAUACGGUGUGAGACAUCCCUUUAGUCUCUUGGGGUCUCCUGUCCCAACUCUGUCCCCUCCCCACUGCUGAUGCACUCCCAGCUUCCUCAGGGGUGGGGUGAGAAGCAGAGAGGCCUUGAUGCUGUGUAAGCCCUCCUCAGCAAUAGCUAAAACAUCCCUGUGUUAUCAGCACUGUCUCCAGCACAAAUCCAAAAUACAGCCCCAUACCAGCUGCUGUGAAGGAAUUUAUCUCAGCCAGAACCACAGCUUCUGAUGCUUUAGUUUUUGUUUUGGUUUAGGAGAUUGUCUUGGGGUGGAACAGAGAUUUAAUAGGAAUCUCCAGAAAACAAUUCAGCCACAGACCGAAGUUGCAUCCUCCAGCUUAGACCUGGACCUGGAUAUGUAGCACUUGGUUAUCUACAAUUAAGUGAAGUGAUUCUCAGGGUGGGCCUAUGCAAAUGGCUAUUGAGUCUCCAGUAUCACUGAGUGGGCACUGGCACUGAAGUGAACCAAUUUGGCCAAAUUAAGACAGACUCUUCAUUCUUGAUUGAGAUUUGUGCAAAGCUGUACCUCCCAUCUGUCUAAACAAGCAUCUACUCUGCUGGUUUUCUUUCCGUGGUAAGAGACUGUAAGGUUUUUUUCAAGUUACCUGCUCUGUCAGUGCAAACAUCAGACCCGUACUUGACGUUGGUAUGUAAAACUUCCCAACUGGGUUAAAGCUGCUUAACUGGAAUGUUGACAUUUAAGAGCAAUGAACAACUGGCAAGCUUUGCAACAGGAUAGUCUGUGUGCAUGGAUUCAUGAGUUCCAGAUUUACCUCAUCCACAACAGUGGCCUCACUAAAAGAACUAAUGCUGCCCCAGCAGGUAGCUGUAGAUCUGCCAACUGUUUAUCUAUCAACAUCUUUAUAAAAACUGUGUUCUUUGGCCUUCGUUCUUCUACAUCUGUUAACAGGCAGGUGUUCCGGUAAUGACCUUUUAAAUCUUCUGAUUAUACAAAUUACUCAAUGAAUAUGUAAAUAAGUUUC